AGACGAUGCGUUGACUGAGCGGAGGAGAAGAAGAAAACCUCUCCCAGCCAGCCGUCCUGCCUGCUGCAUGGAGGAGAAGCAGAGGAGGAAGAGGAGCAGAGAAGAGCUAUCCCUCUGUUAGGAGCUGACCUCCAUCCUGAUGAUCCUCAGUCUCCGUCUCCUGCCCAUCCACCUCAGACUCAACAGCUCUGACCUGAACACCAAGCUCCUCUCUGUGUCCCUCAGGCCUCUGACCUCUGACCUCUGACCUCUGACCUCACAGUUUCCUCUGCAACAACAUGGAUCUGAAUCAUUUUGGAGGAAACAUCUUCAGGAUCCCUGAUACCUAAACAUUCUGACCUCUGGCUGGGCAGGACCGUCUCCUCCUCGCCACCAGCUUGUGUGAACCCUCAGUCACUUCCUGUCCCGUCCUCACCCUCCAACAUGUCCGAGGGUCUGCUGCAGGUAGAGAUCCCAGACUUUGGCAGCAGCGUGCUGGGCAGCCUGAACGAGCAGCGGCUGCUGGGUCAUUACUGCGACGUCUCCAUCCUGGUGCAGGGUCAGGCCUUCAAGGCGCACCGGGCCGUCCUCGCCGCCUCCUCACUGUACUUCAGAGACCUGUUCAGCUCUGCUGCAGACUCCACGACCUCGUCCUCUUCGUCCUCCUCCUCUCAGGCGGUGUUCGAGCUGCCGUCUUCGGUCACGCCGACAUGUUUCCAGCAGAUUUUGGCGUUCUGCUACACCGGGCGCCUCAGCAUGGCUGCGAGUGAGCAGCUGGUCCUAAUGUACACCGCUGGGUACCUGCAGAUCCAGAACAUUGUGGAGCGAGGCAUGGAGCUGAUGAUGAUGAAGGCCUCCUCCUCUUCCUCACCUCUCUGCUGUGACUCACAGACAACCUCAGCAGACGAACUCGGGGGCUUCGACACCCAAAUGGUUCAGCAGCAGAACAACGCCCCCCAGCUGCAGGAGGCCAGUCCAGACCAGCCGGCUCUGAGCCCGGAGGAGCUGCUGCUGGCCGUUAGCAGGAUCAAACAGGAAAGAGCCGACACUCCUCCUGCCGAGGAGAACGGAGGAGGAGGAGGAGAGGAGGGCAGAGUGGACAUUGCGGGGGACCACCAGUCCUCCAGGAGCAGUGCUCUAUGUUACCUGGGUGCAGGUGGAGGUCUGGUUCCGGGGCUGCAGUCUUACCUGCUGGCAGGAGGGGGGCGCUCCAGUCCAGGAGGUUCCAGCCUCCCCACAGACUCACCUCCCUCUCACCCCGCCACCGAGGAGGAGCUGGAGGAGGAUUACUAUGGGAGCAGCGUCCACCCGGGACUCUACCAACACAUCUACGGACAUGCUGGCAACCCCUACAUCCAAGAGAAAAUGGAGAUGCUGGCCCUCCCGUUGGCUAACGAGCGUCGGCCCUGCGUGCUGGUUGGUCGAGACAACAUGGCCCUCCCUGCCAGUCUGAUCAGUCAGAUCGGGUAUCGCUGUCACCCAUCACUUUACACCGAGGGAGACCCCGGGGAGAAGGUGGAGCUGGUGGCUGGGUCAGGUGUGUUCAUGACCCGAGGCCAGCUAAUGAACUGUCACCUGUGUGCUGGAGUCAAACACAAGGUGCUGCUCAGGAGACUGCUGGCGACGUUCUUCGACAGAAACACUCUGGCCAAUAGCUGUGGGACAGGAAUCCGCUCCUCCACCAAUGAUCCGAGCCGGAAACCUCUGGACAACCGAGUGUUAAACACCGUCAAACUCUACUGUCAGAACUUUGCUCCUAACUUUAAGGAGAGUGAGAUGAACGUCAUCGCUGCGGACAUGUGCACCAACGCCCGCAGAGUCCGUAAACGUUGGCUCCCGAAGAUCCAGUCCCUCCUCCCUGACAGCCUCCCGGCCUCCAACUCACCACACCCCCGCAAGGCAAAGAGGGGAGCAGGAGGAGGAGGUGUAGGAGGAGGAGGUGGAGGUGGAGGAGGAGGAGGAGGAGGAGGAGGAGGAGGUCAGGGAGGAGAAGCAGGAGUCCAGCCCAGCGGCAGCCCCUUCGAGCUGGACCUGCGGCAGCUCAGCGCCUCCUACCUCGGCCUGGAGGCUCCGCUGUACACCGAGCGGCGUGAGAGGGAGGCGGCGGGGGAGAGAGAGCGGGAGAAGGAGGCCCCGGCUGCCCUCCUGCCUCACCUGCAGUUCGCCGGGUCUCGUGGGGGAGGCGGGGGAGGCACGGGUGGGGCUCAGUCCGAGGAGGGGCUUAAUGGAGGUGAGGUGGACGGAGGAGGGAGAUCACAGACUGAACAACCCCCAGAUAUCCCCCUCUCCCUGUCCUCCUCCGCCUCUUCUUCCUCCUCCUCCUCCUCACACCCCUCCCCCCAGCCUGCAGAGCCCGCCCCUCCGCAAAGGGGGUUGGCCGACACGGAGGAGAGAGGGGCGGAGCCUCUGGAAGACAGCCAAUAAGCUUUCUAUCGCAUCUGCCUACCUGUAUGUAAAUAACACAAUAGCUACCUGUCCCUAAACUACCUGUCUCUCUACCUGUCUGUUCUCACCCACCUGUCUGUCUCUACCUGUCUGUCUGUCUCUACCUGUCUGUCUCUGAACUACCUGUCUGUCCUCACCUACCUGUCUGUCCUCACCCACCUGUCUGUCUCUACCUGUCUGUCUGUCUGUCUGUCUGUCCGUCUCUACCUGUCUGUCUCUAAACUACCUGUUUGUCCUCACCCACCUGUCUGUCCUCACCUACCUUGCUGUCUCUACCUGUCUGUCCUCACCUACCUGUCUGUCUCUACCUGUCUGUCCUCACCCACCUGUCUGUCCUCACCUACCUGUCUGUCUCUACCUGUCUGUCUCUGAACUACCUGUCUGUCCUCACCCACCUGUCUGUCUCUACCUGUCUGUCCUCACCCACCUGUCUGUCUCUACCUGUCUGUCCUCACCUACCUGUCUGUCCUCACCCACCUGUCUGUCUCUACCUGUCUGUCUCUGAACUACCUGUCUGUCCUCACCCACCUGUCUGUCUCUGAACUACCUGUCUGUCCUCACCCACCUGUCUGUCUCUACCUGUCUGUCCUCACCCACCUGUCUGUCUCUACCUGUCUGUCCUCACCCACCUGUCUGUCUCUACCUGUCUGUCCUCACCCACCUGUCUGUCCUCACCCACCUGUCUGUCCUCACCUACCUGUCUGUCUCUACCUGUCUGUCUCUAAACUACCUGUCUGUCCUCACCCACCUGUCUGUCUCUACCUGUCUGUCCUCACCCACCUGUCUGUCCUCACCUACCUAUCUGUCCUCCCCCACCUGUCUGUCCUCACCCACCUGUCUGUCCUCACCUACCUGUCUGUCCUCACCCACCUGUCUGUCCUCACCUACCUAUCUGUCCUCACCUACCUGUCUGUCCUCAAACUACCUGUCUGUCUCUACCUGUCUGUCUCUAAAGUACCUGUCUUUCCUGUCACAUCACUUCCUGUCUGACUACCUGUCUGUCCCCAAUCUACCUGUCUGUCCCCUAACUUCCUGUCUCUACCUGUCCUCCUGUCAAUCUGUCUUCCUUCUCCUCUCUACCUCUCUGUCCUUAUCUACCUGUCCUACCUACCAAUACCUCGAAACCUACCUGUCCUCUCAUCCGUCUCUACCUGUGUCUCCUUCUGUCUCCACCUUUCUGUCCACAUGUCUGUCUCUCUCUGACUACCUUUCUUUACCUGUCUGUCCAAUACCUUCCUGUCCACCUGUCUCUAGCUCUCCGUCUGCCUGAAGUCUUUAUGUCUCCACCUUUCCGUCCUUCUCCCUCUCUACCUCUCUACCUCUCAUCUGUCUCCACGUCGUCCUGUCCGUCUGUCCCCACCUGUCUACCUCUCUGUCUGUCUCUCUGUUCCCCUACCUCACUACCUAACCACCCGUCUACCUCUACCCCCUCGGUCUGUCUACCUUUCUGUCCGACCUACCUCUGUCCGUCCGUGCGUCUACUCCUCUACCUGUCUGUCCUCCAGUCUGUCUGUCUGUCUGCUCGGCUCUGCUGCAUGUUAACAGCCUCCUGCAGUCCAGCACACAGGCCCAUAGCAACAGGACAAAUGAUGAUGAUGAUGAUGAUGAUGAUAAUAUUCACUCUGAUAACAACAAUAAAGCUUCUUGAUAAUCAGA